AUGACUGUCACUCGUUUUGCCUCAGCCCUUUUGGCUUCUUCUGUCCUGGGCUUGGCCUCGGCCGAUGUCCUGGAUAUGCCUAUUAUUGUCAAGGACGGUUAUAAAAUGGUACAGUUUGGUAUUGGAACACCCGCACAAACUGCCCGUCUUCUCUUCGAUACUGGAAGUUCUUCUGCUUGGAUGGUCGACGCUGAGUGCGCCGAGACUUGCACCCAUGUCAACAAGGGUAACCGAAAUGGAUACAACCUCACCGAAUCUUCUACCGGCAAGAAGACAGGCGAUGACGCCAACAUCGACUAUCUCGGCGGCAAGAUUGUCGGUCCUACCAUCCAAGACAAGUUCACAGCUGGUGGCUUAAAGUGGGAUUCCAAGUUCAUCGCUGCCAACGAGAGCACCUGGACAGCACUUGCGGCUGAUGGCUUCAUGGGCCUUGGAUUCGGCAGCAUCCAGGAUGGCAAUGCCACACCUAUUUUUGAGUCUUUGAUGGAGCAGAAGCUUAUGGACAAGCCCCGCUUCGGUAUCUACUACGACGGCGAAGAUGAUACUGGCGAUAAGCCCGGCAAGGGCGUCUUGACCCUCGGAGGAUCACGAGAGGACAAGUACGUUGAGGGCGACUUGAUCUCUGUCCCUCUGACCGCCACCAAUGGGGACUACGACCUUUGGAGAUCUAUCAUCCACAGCACCACUGGAAAGCAAGACAAGAAGAAGUGCAAGACCGACCGAAAUGAGAAGCGAACCGAGAUGAACGGCAUGAGCGUCGUCUUCGACACGGGCGCUUCAAGCAUCACAUUCCCCGAGUCUAUGAUCAACGACAUCUACGAGUCCAUUGGCAUGAACUACACUGCCAUUCUCAAGGGAGAGCACACCCCCCUCUGCAGCGAGUUCACCAAGGACUGGUCUGUUACCUUUGAGAUUGGCUAUUACGGCGACGAGAAGAACGUCACCAUUCGAGGUGAUCAGCUCCGUCGCCCUGGCUUUGCUGAGCGCGAGGAUGCUUGCUGGCCUCCUUUCCAAGACGGCCCUGAAGGAUAUGCUCUUGUCGGCACCCUGUUCUUGAGAAACUUUUACACCGUUUGGGAUUACAGCCUCUUCCCCGGUGAGGUUGGAUUCAUGAACCCUCAACUGUCUUUCGGCUACCUCAAGGAGGGCUUCUAG